AUGAUCCGAGACACUCUAGUCGCUGCUAUCUUCUUGUACUGUGAUGAAAUUGGAUGGACUAAACUCUGGUUCACUGCUGACAGUAUCAUCCUGAUCACAGGCGUAUUAGCUAACACGGCCCUGCUUUGGCUGUUCAUUAAAGAGAGGAAACAAGUGUCAGCCUCGCAGGUAAGAACAACACCUGUGACUCAAGAGGAACUACCCGGGCCUCUCUGCUGACAGAUUUAUGUCCUGUAUAACAUUUGACAUGUUAUCAUUCCUUAACUGCAUGUUUGCUCCUGUUUUUUUUCAGGUUCUAGGUGUGAAUAUUGUCCUGAUGGAUCUGAUCUACCUGUGUGUUAUGCCUCUCGGGUUGGUAAUGGAUGCCAAUCCUCAGAGAGAACAGAACGGAUCUAAUCGAGGUAAACGCAAUUGAAGAUUGAAAUUAAAGCUAUUGAACAAGGCAGUGGUGAUCCUACAUUAGGGCCUGUGUCCACUCACUCGGUUAUUGAAAAGUGACAUUGAGAGAAGGUGUUAUGAACGUUCAGCUGUUUUCAAGAAUAAAACAAUUGAUGCUCAGGGCAACGCUGAACAGUAUGAAAGAGGAUUAGGGCCACAUGAAGAGCAAAAAUGUAAUUACAGGAAGGAGAUUAAAGUCGAAAGUUUCGAUUAAAAAAUUGAAAUUAUGUCAAAGUCGAAAUUCAAGAUGAAAAAUUAAAAUUUUGAGAUUUAAGCCAAAAUUUGAGAUUACAAAAUGUCCUGAAUAAUGUCAAAAUUUUGACGUUAAAAAAAUUUAAUAUUUUGAGAUCAAAGUCGAAAAUUUUAGAUUAAAGUUUAAAUUUCAAGAUUAAAAAAAUCAAAAUUAUGUCAAGAAGGUCAAAAUUUUGAGAUAAAAAAUUGAAAUUUUGGGGUUAAAGUCAAAAUUUCAGGGUUAUAAAAUGUUGUGAAGAAUAUUGAAAUUUUGACAAUAAAAAAAAUAAAUUUUAUAUUUUUAUAUUUUAAAGUCGAAAUAUUGAGAUUUAAGUCGACAUGAAUAAAGUUGAUUUUUAACUUUUUUUUUCAACUGUAACGUCAAAAUUUUGACUUUAAUUUCAAAAUGAAAAUUAAAAAAUUUCCUUUCUGUAAUUAUUUUUUCUCUUCAAGUGGUGCCAGAACAAAAACAUAAAGCUAUUUGUGUAGACAGGCCCUUAGACUAUCAAUUCCUGUGUACAUAUUAUGAUUCAUCUUUUUCAUAACUCAAAGUUCUAGUUUAGUCAAAAAGGAAGUAACAACAAAGUUCUGAAGCCCUUCAUUAAAAAAAAGAAGAAAAAGUACAAAAUAUUUUACACUCAGGAGAUAUAACAGAGGAACAAGGUAAUGUUUAAAAGUUGUUGAAAACUUUGAUUCGACAAUUCAAGUAAAGACUGGACUUUUAGUCUUUAAAUUCUUUAUUUGACAACUACUAUCCACCUCUAUAUGUAGAGAUGAGUAUCAUCAGCAUAACAAUUGAUCGUGUUUGUUUAAGAGGUUAGGAUGAACUUAAAAAAGCAGUGGGCUGAAAUGUGAUCCCUGAGGAACACCAUAUUUAAAUAAUUACAUACUGAAUUAAAACUCUUCCUGGUGCUGUUUAAACAAAAUUACAAAAUGAGAAGUUUAUUUUUUAAGAGACCAAAUCAAGACGGUUUCCUGCGUAAAUUGUUAUUUGCAGAACUUUUUAAGCCUCAUCAGGAUCUUUCGUAAAUCUUGUCUUGUUGGGAUUUUAGUCAUUUUAGUUGGUUUCAAAGUCAUGUACCAACACUUCACCGUAAUCUCCUCUUUAUUAGAGUUCUCUGCAUCUGAAUGGGAAAAAUCCAACUCUACAGACACACUACAAGUGACAAGAAAUGUCUUCAGUAUGUUCAAUCUGAUUGGCUGCCCACUGCUGCUGUCCUGUAUGUGUAUCGAGCGCUACGUUGCCGUGCUUAAACCUGUGCUGUAUCUGAAAGUGAGGAAGCGGGAGUAUCGGAUGGCUAUCUCUGCAGUGGUGUGGGUGAUCACUUUGUCCUUCUGUAUCGCUACAGGUAAGAGUUUGGAAAAGAGUUAAGAAAUUUAACUUGAAUACUCCAGCAGUUCUGUUAUUACAAUGGAUUUCGGGUUGGUUUAAGAAAAGUGGUAUUUUCAUUCUCGUCUUUACAGCGACAAUGGAAGAAAAGAUUUACAUGAUGUUGCCAGUCUCCCUCACCAUCUCCUGCCUCUUCAUCCUGAUGCUCGCUUGCCUUUGUGGCGUGAUCUGGUCGCUGCUGCAGCAAAGCCCCGCCCACACCUGCUCUGAGUCGCCCCAAAAGAAACGGGCGGUGCAUAACGUUCUGGUUGUGGUGGUUCCAGCAGUCGUAUCGUACCUCCCUGUCCUAGCGAUGGUUCCCUUGGUCAUAUACAUACAAUAUAAUAACAAGCUUUUGGGUUUGGACCUGUGUUACGUCGUCAAACUCACGGCGUUGUUUCCCAGGUUGGGUGUUUUUAUAGGUCCGCUGUUCUUUCUCUCCAAAGCAAGACAGUUAUGCUGCAUUGAUAGCUUUAUCUCUAAACACUAA